GAUGGCAGCGCCCAUAAAACUUAGCUGACGACGUGAUCGCAGACACAACGGAGCGAAGACUGUCAACGACAGCUGGUAAAACUAGAAAUCGCGAUGGGUCCGAAAGGAAAAGAGAAAAGAAAAGAAGCUAAAAGACAGAAGUGGAAGCCUCUGGACGCUGAAACGAAACAGUCAACAGAGGAAACGGAACCUAAAUCCGGUGGAGAUGCUACGUCCAACCCAACGGAGAGCAAAAGUUCAUCCGUAGCGACUACGGCUCCUACACCGAUAGAACCCACGUGUGACCCCCAGUUUAGGAAGAGGGGACUCACCAGCAAUUGGAGUCGCUACGACGAGCCCGUCGAAGUUGAAACCGAGUAUAACAGAAAGCGCGGCGAGGACUUUGACCUCUUACUGAGCGCAUCAGCUGGAGCGAGUGCGCACUUUCGUUUCAAGGAACAACAGGACUGGCAAGAUGAGCCAGCCGAGCUCAGCGAGUUUCUCUCCAUUGACUGCGACACAAUCGUUGAGGCACUGCAAACAAUUCCUGUGCACGAGCGGCUUGGCCUUCCCGAGGACAUUUUCCCGGCCAACGUUAUACAGGAGUUCAAAAACGAGGCAGCUGCCUGCAAAGAAAAGUACGAGGCAUUCCUUCGGACGGGAAAGCGGCAGACCAAGACUGUGCCAGAUGUUGGGGAGUCGUUGAAGAACUCUUUGCAAGCAGCCAUAAUUGCAGCGGUCAAGCCAAAGUCGAAGCCAACAAAAGAGGACGAUGAUUUGGAGGAGUUGCUCGACCUUUCCCUCAAGUCGCCUCGAUCGGAUGACUCGGGGAAGGGCAAGAAGAAAGGAGAGGAUGAGAGAAACCUGGAGUUUUUGCUUUCGCUCACAGAACAAGACAAUGAAAAAGAUGUGGUACCUGCAGCUGAAGAGACGGCCACAACCAUUCUUGAACCUAAACUCAAAGCCGCAGAAGAGGCAGUCAAGCCGGCACCUCUUAAGACUUCUUCACAACCAGGGCUGCACAACUCAAAACCUGCGAGGCCCAAAAUCAACAACUCUGUGAGCCACAUGGUCCACACUUUAGUGGCAAGCACUGCAUCUUUUGCUUGCGGAAAGCCAUUUUGUUUGGUGUCAUUCAUCGUUGUCUUCAAUCAAUAAGUCUUGUAAUGUCAUGUCGGUAUCUGAAAACCGAAGGCAACUCUCGUUCAGUCAUCAAAGAAAAUGUUUGCUCACAGAUGUAGGCCCAUCUCAAGGUAGAUGCCGUUUCAAGGCAUCGUUAGCUAUAUGUCUCCAUAUUUGCAUAGGUUUCUAGAAAACCGAAGGAGGGGCUGCUCCCUCUGCACUGUUUUUAGCACCGGUGAACUCUGCAGGUCAAUGCAGCUCUAGCUGCACCGUAUAGGUAGUCUAAGCUCAGACUGCUAAAUAUUCGUUUUUGGUGCAGAGUUAGAUUUGUACAACUUUGUGCUUCAAUUUGUUUUUUGUAGUUGCCAAUAUUCACCAAUUUUCAUAAAAUAUUACAGGCUCUAAAUCAAAAUACUGUUCCUAUAGUUGGUAGAAUUCAGCUUUCUCACUUAAAUGCAACACAUUUCAUUUGAAUUGUUUGAGCAGCUGUCUAUUUUUUUGAAAGCAUUUGUGCCAUUCCCCAUUCACUACUACUAUAUCAACGUAAAUCCAAAUGCGAAUGUAUAGAAAAUGACUAGAAUGCAUUGUCGCAUUUCAAGUUUGUCUGCAUUUGUAACCCUGGCUCAACCGAGGCUUUGAAACGUCCAUUUGGUGCUGUACAAUGCUUAUGAACUAGCUUCAUGGGGACUGCACCAUUAUACUGUGUAAUUAGGUGUAACGGGCAUUCUGAACAGUUCUUUUAUGUUUGCGUUUCAAUUUAUGCUGAUGGUAGUUUAAUGGAAACGUGAAAGUUGCGCUCAAAGUACACUUCAUACUACGUUGCAUACAAGGGCCUGUCAGUGCUGUAGGCUAUGAUAAUCGAGUGGCAAGUGUUUUACUAAACUCUACUCUCACAAGCUUUUCUCAAUCCCU